AUGGGAAGAGGAAAGAGCAAUGAUCCCAAAGAUGUAAAAAGAAAAGAAAAGACCAAGAUGCAACUCAAACGAAGAAUAGGUUGUUUUGAUGGGGUAAGUUUUAUUAUCGGAUCAAUAGUUGGGGCAGGGAUCUUUGUGUCUCCCACAGGGGUGUUAAAGCAUUCCCUGCUUAAUGUUGGUGUUGCAUUAACAAUCUGGACUGCUUCUGGACUAGUUUCUCUUAUGGGCUCCCUCUGCUACGCAGAGCUGGGCACUGCUCUGCCAUUUUCUGGAGGGGAAUACAGCCAUAUUAAAAGAGGCCUUGGAUCCCUACCUGCCUUUGUGUUCAUCUGGACAUCAACGUUUACCAAGCCAGCAUCAAAUGCUGCCCGAGCCUUGCUAUUUGCUGAAUAUGCCACCCAGCCCUUCUACGGCAUUUGCCCUGCACCAGAAGUGCUGAAGAAAUGCUUGGCUUUGGCCGUCCUCUGGUCCCUGGGGAUUCUGAAUGGAUGCAGUGUCAAACUGGCUACAUGGGUGCAGAUGGUGUUCACUCUCCUGAAGAUGAUGGCGUUAUCUGUAAUUGCUGUCGGUGGAAUAGUUCUGCUCGUUGGUGGAAGGAAGGAGAAUCUCGCCAGGUUUGAGGACAUGUUUGGCUCAGAGAUGCCCAACGCAUCACAGAUCGCUGAAGCCUUUUUCCAAGGACUGUACGCGUAUGGUGGUUGGUGGUCCCUCAAUUAUAUGGCAGAAGAGAUGAAAAACCCUAGCAGAAAUAUCCCUUUAACUGUGAUGACAGCUGUUCCCUCAGUAAUUGUGUUUUACUUACUAGUAAACAUCUCAUAUCUGACUGUCCUCACUCCAAAGGAAAUGGUCUCCUCAGUUGCUGUGGCAGUAACUUGGGCUGAUCGAGUGAUCCCCUCUGUUGCCUGGAUCAUUCCUCUCUCCGUUGCUAUCUCGAUAUUUGGCGCCCUCAACAGCAGCAUGUUCGCAUUAGGUCGAUUAAGCUAUGCUGGAAGUCAGUCAGGACAUUUACCUGUUUUAAUAUCCAUGCUUAACAUCCAUACUUGUACUCCAGCACCAGCUUUGAUUUUUUCAACCAUCAUUGCAUCCAUUUUUAUAAUCCCCUCUGACCUUAUUAUGUUAACAAAUUACUUUGGAUUUUCUGCCUGGCUUAUGAUUGGAUUGACUUGUGCAAGCCUGAUUGUACUUCGAUACCGAGAACCUAACCUACAUCGACCAUACAAAGUUUUUCUACCGGUUCCGUUUGUGAUGGUGGCCAUGUCAUUCUUCUUAGUUUUAGCUCCUAUAGUCUGGUCUCCAAAUAUGCAAUAUUUGUAUGCUUUUUUGUUUAUGCUCGGGAGUCUUAUUGUUUAUCUUCCUUUUGUACAUUUUAAAUUGCAUUUUGCAUUUUUUGAUAAAAUUACUUGCUACUUGCAGCUACUGCUGGAAGUUUCUCCUGCUGAUGGUUCUGAUGAGAGUAAAUGUGAAUGA